CACAAGAUGUCACAAAUAUUAAACUUAAACACAACCCAAAAUCCUAACAGCAUGUGGGGAUCUACUAUUAAUAGUAAUGAAAGAAUCGGUAUAACAUCAUCAAAACUUCCCGAAAUUAAUAGUCUUAAAAAUUUGAAUUCCACAAUCAAUUACCCCAUACUAUCCUACUCUCCUAAUAUCGAAGAAAUUUGUCCCGAAGAUGAUGAGUCCAUUGACUAUAGUCGUGAAAUGAAGGAUCUCAAAUCUCUUAGUGACUUGAACAAGAUUUAUCAAUUUAUACCAGUGCAAUCUUCACAACCCAAUAAUAGACUUUCUUUACAGCAUCAAUUAGCGGUUUGCGAUGUCUUCCCUCCUAAUCGUAGGCAAUAUCGUUCUACCUCAUUCGCUCUUCCUUCAUCGCUAAAAUCGUCUUACGAUCAACAAGAUACUCAACAAAGUAAUGAGUAUGCUUCAUCGGUUUUAGAUAGAAGAAUGUACAGACAAGAAGAUGAAGAAAGUAUUUUAAAAAGGCAACCAGAAUUGACAUCUUUCAAAAAAAGGUUAUCAUUAAUACCCUAUAACGUGGCGCUUUACAACAACACUCCUAAAAUUAGGACGCUCUCUCCAAUUUUAUCAGAAUUUAAGCAUAAUCAAUCACCCCAUCCCAAAACAGGAACCGAGGAAAAUACUACAGAACAAAUUUUAGGAACCUCUUCUAAACAAGAUGGUUACUUUAUAGUAACAUCAGCAAAUAUUUCUUCGGAAAAUCAAACAGACUCUAAUGUUCAUCUAUUCGAAGCAAAAUCUUUAUCAGACACGACUAUUGAAUCUAAAUUAAUGGAGAAAUCAGGUGAUGACGACAUUUUGAAUAGGUCAAAAUUAUAUUCGAGUAAAAUUUAUAAUGAUAAUCCUGCUUGUACCAAGAUUGAUGUUCCUGUCAUUACUAUAGAUACAGUAUCUACUCCUAUUAAUUCAUUAUUAUAUCCAACAUUUCCUCAUUUCCAUUCUGUCAGCUAUUCAAAGCACGAUGGUUCAGCUGACAUAGUGUAUUCGAGGCAAAUAAGGAAAGGCUCUUAUUCACCCCUGCUUCAAACCAGAACCGAUAGAUCGGGAUCUAUUCAAUACCCUAGCCCGACUAACAAAUUUAUCUACGAAAGAACGCCCUCUCUUGAAAAAUUAUUAUCAAUCACUUGAUAUAGUAUAUUGUAUUUAAUAUUUAAUUAUUGUGUGAUAACAAUUUUGUAAAAUUUUUGUUUAAUUUAUUUAAAUUAAAGAAGCAAUAUAAUACAAACAUUCACUCAUGAUUAUGUGAUAUUUAAUUAUCUUUUGAUAAAAUAAAUUAUACUAUA